CUCGCAGGCUCCCCUGCCCCCGGCCCACUCACCUCCCUUCUCCCCCUGGCCCCCUCUUCCCUGCCUGCACCGUCACCCUCGGGGCUGCGAGGAGCGGCCCUGGGACCCGCGGGAGGCGUGAAGGAGGCGCGAGAGCGAGGCUGGAACUUCACACUCCUCACUUGUGCCUGCGCGCGCCAGGGAGCAGGGACCGGGAAGGGGCGGAGAGGAGCGGAGUGCAGCGCGCGCCAGGGAGACCCCGGUCGAUCCUGAGCUCGGCUGCGCACCCAGGGCGGGAGCCGCGGAGCCGAUCCGCAGCAGAGACUGCGGCCCCGCCGUGCGGCGGCACCCCUGCCCGGCUGCCCGUGCUGCGCGCCGAGAGCUCGGCGCGUCCGGAUCCGCGCCCGGGGCAGCUGCGCCCUCGCAGCCGCCGCCUCCGCCGCCGCCGCCCUCGCCGCCCUCGCCGAGCCGAACCAGCGCGCUCGGGCUCCGCCGGGGCUCGAGCCCUCGGUCUCCUCCUCGCGGCACCGCGCGGCUCAGAACUGCGGGACUGGACGGAGCAUAGGGGUCCGGACUCGCAGCCCCGGAGGAGACGGAGGUACACUUCAGAGAGCGGGCGGGCGAGCGGACCCCCAGCGCCCUUUCCUCCGUACCGCCGGAGCCGAAUCUGCGGUCGCGCCCAAGUGCGGGGCUUCCUCACGGACACCGAGCCCCUCUCCCCGCCCGCAGCCGCCUUGUCAUGCUGCCUAAAGUGGAGACGGAAGCCCUGGGCCUGGCCCGAUCGCAUGGGGACCAGGGGCAGAUGCCGGAAAACAUGCAAGUGUCCCAGUUUAAAAUGGUGAGCUACUCCUACGACGAGGACCUGGAGGAGCUCUGCCCCGUGUGCGGGGACAGGGUGUCGGGGUACCACUACGGGCUCCUCACCUGCGAGAGCUGCAAGGGGUUCUUUAAGCGGACGGUCCAGAAUAAUAAGAGGUACACGUGCAUAGAAAACCAGAACUGCCAGAUCGACAAGACACAGAGGAAGCGCUGUCCCUACUGCCGGUUCCAAAAGUGUCUGAGUGUGGGCAUGAAGCUAGAAGCGGUGAGGGCGGACCGCAUGCGGGGAGGAAGGAACAAGUUCGGGCCGAUGUACAAGAGAGACAGGGCCCUGAAGCAGCAGAAGAAAGCCCUCAUCCGCGCCAACGGGCUGAAGCUGGAAGCCAUGUCUCAGGUGAUCCAGGCGGUGCCGCCGGAGCUGGGCAUCUCCUCCGCCCUGCAGAAUGUGCACCCCGCCCCCAAGGGCCUGCCUCUGAGCCACGCCGCCUUGCCCCCCACAGACUUCGACCGCAGCCCCUUCGUCACCUCGCCCGUCAGCAUGGCCAUGCCCCCUCACGGCGGCCUGCAGGGCUACCAGGCCUACGGCCACUUCCCCAGCCGGGCCAUCAAGUCCGAGUACCCCGACCCCUACGCCAGCUCCCCGGAGUCGCUACUGGGCUACUCGUACGUGGACGGCUACCAGGGCAGCUCCCCGGCCGGCGUCCCGCCCCUGGUGCUGGAACUGCUGAAGUGCGAGCCGGACGAGCCGCAGGUGCAGGCCAAGAUCGCGGCCUACCUGCAGCAGGAGCAGGCCGGCCGGGGCAAGCACGACAAGCUCAGCACCUUCGGGCUCAUGUGCAAGAUGGCCGACCAGACGCUGUUCUCCAUCGUCGAGUGGGCCAGGAGCAGCAUCUUCUUCCGGGAGCUCAAGGUGGACGACCAGAUGAAGCUGCUGCAGAACUGCUGGAGCGAGCUCCUGAUCCUCGACCACGUCUACCGCCAGGUGCUCCACGGGAAGGAAGGGUGCGUCUUCCUGGUUACCGGGCAACAAGUGGAUUACGCCAUGAUAGCGUCGCAGGCGGGGGCCACCCUGAGCAACCUCCUGAGCCACGCGCAGGAGCUGGUGGCGAAGCUGCGCUCCCUGCAGCUGGACCAGCGGGAGUUCGUGUGCCUGAAGUUCCUGGUGCUCUUCAGCUCAGACGUGAAAAACCUGGAGAACUUCCAGCUGGUGGAGGGCGUGCAGGAGCAAGUGAACACGGCGCUGCUGGACUACACCACCUGCAACUACCCGCAGCAGCCGGAGAGGUUCGGGCAGCUGCUGCUGCGGCUGCCGGAGAUCCGGGCGCUGAGCGCGCAGGCCGAGGAGUACCUGUACUACAAGCACCUGAACGGGGACGUGCCCUACAACAACCUCCUCAUCGAGAUGCUGCACGCCAAGCGGGCCUGA